AUGAACAAGUAUUUUGAAGGGAAAAGGGUAACAUACGCUAACCUGGAGAAGCAGAUGUUGGCAAUGAAAUCAAACCCAUCUGAGGAUCGUAAGAAGAUGGCUGCUCUGUACUUCUUAGCCAGCAUCCUCGUCGGAGGCCGAAAGAGUGGUGAGGGAGCAUCACUUGUGGACAGUUUCUUCCUGACUGUUGUUGAUGACCUAGAUGCGUGUGAAACGUUCCCUUGGGGGCGGUAUGCAUUCGAACAUAACUUGAAAGAUGUCUCUACCUUCUUGGAGAAAUGUGACGGGGUUGCGCCGACGGGUUGGGUUUUUACAAGCUUUCCUAUCCCUUUGGAGGUGUUGGCCUUUGAGGCAAUUCCAAGCUUGAGGAACCAUUUCCGAGAAAAUGUGAGUGGUGCACGCAGUGGUUGCCCGCGGAUGUGCAAGAUGCAGUACAAACGCAAAAGUGGAACCAGGGAAUUCAGUCUGAAUGCUGUGAACGAUAAAAUUGCAACAGCAGCUGAGAAGGAACUUCUGGAAACCAUAGGGAUGGACAAGGAAAGUUGUUGGGCCGAUGACGACGAUGAUGCAGCAGUUGAUCGUUGGACGAAGAUAAUACGGAAAGGGAAGAAACAAGUUUUCUUUGAAGAACAGUUUGUCAUUGAUUUUGAGGCUCGUACAUCUCGUAAUGAAGGUCAGGCUCAUGCCAAAUCUGGUCAGGCUCAUGCAGAUUCGGUCGAGGCUACUGGAGCUACUCCUGAAUCUGCUUUUGAAGUGAUGGACGGUCGGCUUAUGAAUGCAGUCCGAGAGGCUAUGAAGGAAGUGAACGAAAAAGUCACUUCAUUGUCGCAUAAGCUAGCUCUUCUAGAAGAGGAAGUGAAAAGUCUUAGGUUGAGUGACAAGCCGGCGAACCAAGAUGCCCCUCAGAAGAAAGCGGACCAAGAUGCCCCUCAGAAUGAGGAUGAUGAGUCGGGGGAAGACGAUGGUAGUGACAAUAAAGAGUCGGAAGAAGAGGAUGGUAGUGACAGUAAGGAUGGUGGUUUCAUCGAGGAUGUUACAAAUGAAAAUCAGGGGGGCGAUGGUGACAUGGAUGACACUGAUGCAGAGAUGUAUGCACAUGCAGCGGAGUUCGAGAGAAGUUUAGAGACGAAAAAGAAGAGGCCGAGAGAGGAUGAUGGAAAUGAAGCAGUUCGUGCGAAAAGUAGGUUUAGUCCCGUUGGUACAAGAAGUAAGAAGGCAGCUGAGAAGGCAGCAGCUGAGAAGGCACCAGGUAAGAAGGCACCAGGUAAGAAGACACCAGGUAAGAAGGCACCAGCUAAAAAGGCAGCAGGUAAGAAGGCAGCAGGUAAGAAGGCAGCUGAGGAGGACGCAGCCCAGAAGAAGCAGAAGACAAAGAAGACGGAGUGA